CACUACAUUUAAAUAAAUAUGAAAUCGAAACAUUUAUAUAAAAGAAUGUAAGAUAUUUAUGUAGAACCAGCAAGAUGUGGCAACGAUAAUUUAAGACAAAUACAUGGAUGCAAGAUGAUUACCUAAGAUAAGCGGCAUUUAUUUGCCCCAACAAGACAUAUGCAAUUUUCUAUAAUAUUGUAAUACUAAUACCAUUGCAUGAAAAAUAAAUGGAAGACCAAUGCCUAAUAUUUGACUAUGACUCUAUAUAGAAACUAGUACUACAUAUAAAUAACAUGAAAUGCAUACCAUUUAUAUAAAAUAGUAUAUGUCAUUUAUGUAGAAGCAGCAAGACAUGGCAAUAAUUAUUCAGGAGAAAUACUUGGAUGCGAGGUCAUUGCAUAAGAUGCUAUUGGGCCUCUCUAAUAUAAAUAGCAACAAACGAAGGAGUUUAUUGGUAGCACCAAAUACAGACGAACAUAAGGAGGGACGAAUAUAAUAGAAGUAACAUCUUUGUUUCAUGGCACUCAUCGGGAGCACUACAACACGAUCGACGAUCGUGUGCUUGAUGGUUGUUGCUUUGGUGGUGUUUGCUACUUUGGUGGUGUUUGCUACUAUAAGCUUUACCUUGCCAUGUUGCCAUGCUGGCACUGAAUCUACUAAAAAGGUGGUGUGUGAGACGCUGGAUGCAUGUAUCUCUGACGCUGGAUGCAAAGCUAUCUGCGAGGGUAGUGGCAUGGUUUUCUACUAUAACGCGUGUGCGGGUCACGAUUUUCCAAUCUGUUGCUGCAUACCUAUGUAA